CAUGGCCUCCACUCCGCUCCGCGCUGCCUCCUUCUCACCCGCCGAGGUCCAGCAGCGCCUGGAGGCCGGCGCCUGCUGGGUCCGCUGUGGGGCCCGCCUCUACGACCUUACCGGCUUCCUACGGCAGCACCCGGGGGGCGAGCAGCUGCUGCGGGCACGAGCUGGCCAGGAUGUUAGCGCCGACCUGGACGGGCCGCCGCACCGGCACUCGGCCAACGCGCGCCGCUGGCUUGAGCAGUACUACGUGGGCGAGCUGCAAGGAGACUCUCAGGGUUCUGUGGAGAAUGGGGCUGCAGCCUUUGCGAACACUCAGAAGACAGAUCUGGCGAUGGAACCCAAGCUCAAAGUGGUGGAUUGGGACAAGGACCUGGUAGACUGGCAGAAGCCUCUACUGUGGCAAGUAGGCUACUUGGGAGAGAAGUACGAUGAGUGGGUCCAUCAGCCGGUGACCAGGCCCAUCCGCCUCUUCUACUCAGACUUCGUCGAGUCCCUCUCCAAGACUGCCUGGUACAGCGUCCCUGUCAUUUGGAUGCCUCUGAUGCUGUACCUCGGUUGGUCCCACUACCGAACCCUCGCCCAGGGCAACGUCCGACUCUUCGCAACCUUCACGACAGAGUACUCAGUAGCCAUGCCGGAGUCUGUGUUCCCGGGCCUCUUCAUUCUGGGAAUGCUCCUCUGGAGCCUAAUCGAGUACCUCAUCCACCGCUUCCUGUUCCACAUGAAGCCCCCCAGCGACAGCUAUUACCUCAUCACGCUGCACUUCAUCUUGCACGGCCAGCACCACAAGGCACCCUUCGAUGAGUCCCGCCUGGUCUUCCCCCCGGCGCCAGCUUCUCUGGUGAUUGCCUUCUUCUACGCAGUCUUACAGCUCCUCCUGCCCGAGGCAGUGGGGGGCACCGUGUUUUCUGGGGGCCUCCUGGGCUACGUCCUCUACGACAUGACCCAUUACUACUUGCACUUCGGCUCACCUCACAAAGGCUCCUACCUGUACAACAUGAAGGCCCAUCACGUCAAGCAUCACUUUGCACAUCAGAAGUCAGGAUUUGGCAUCAGCACUAAAUUUUGGGAUUACUUUUUCCACACCCUUAUGCCGGAAGAACCCCACCCGAAGAUGCAGUGACAACUCCCAGCCCUGCCGCUGUCCCCCUCACUCCAUCCAGACCCUGCGAAGAAGGUUUGCUUGGCCAGGCAGGAUGGGC